AUGACACACGUGUUGAAAAUCAUUGCUCUAGAAUACCUGGAACUUGAGACUUGGCAGCCAAACCUGACCAAGGUCACAGCUAAACCUUUGGACCAGGAAUCUACUGUAACUCCAGAACACACCAUGGAGGUUAAACCUCCAAACAUGCCAGAGACCCCAACUCAGCCUCCAGAGCCACCUAAGGAAGUUGUAAUUCGACCCCCAGUAUAUCAAGAGGUGACACUUUCAACACCAGGUCAGGAUGAAGCUCAGCAUUCAACAUCGCCCAUAGUUACGGGGCUUUCCAUAACUCCAGUGUCCACUACAGAGGCUGAACCUUCUACAGUCCUCACAAGCACAGCUUCUUCUUCAGAGCAUCCUGAGGUGACACUUCCACAUCUAGACCAGAUGGAGACUCAGCAGACAAACCCAGCUGAGGUCACAGUUAAGCUUUUGGACCAGGAACUUACCAUGACUUCAGAACAAACUAGAGAGGUUAAACCUUCUCCAACCAUGCAAGAGACUCCAACUCAAUCUCUAGACCUGGAAUUUGUUGUAACUUCAGCAACUACAUCAGAGGUUGAACAUCCUGUGGCUCUGGAGAGGAUGGCAGCUCCCCAUCCAGACCAGAUUCAGACUCAGCCUCCAAUCCCGACUGAAGUUACAAUUCAAGUAUCUGACUCGGACAUUACCGUAACUCAAAAUUCGUUGCCAAAUUACAACAUGGAACAAGAGAUUGCCAAUAUCAACACAGACAUGAACACCAGCAUAUGUGAGCUCUGUACCUGCAGAGAUGAGACACUGUCGUGUGUUGGUCUCAGCCCAGAGAAGAGACUCCACCGAGUGCCUGUGCAGGAGCCUGAAGCCUAUAAUGGCACCUUCACCGUCUUGUAA